CUGGUUGGACUUUACGGUAGUUUUGUUGGCUUAUUUGACGCUGGCAUUUCCAACAAUUCCUGGAUUAUCAGCAUUAAGAGCUUUCCGAGCACUUAAGAUGAUUGCAAUUUUACCCGGGCUAAAGACUAUCAUUGGUGCUAUAUUCAAGUCUGCCAGGCUGCUAAUGGAGGUCCUUCUUCUCAUGAUGUUUGUCCUCCUAAUAAUUGCAUUGUUUGGACUUCAAAUUUUCAAAGGCGUUCUGACACACAAGUGUAUAAAAAAUCUGGCACCUGGGAUUAACAUUACUCAUAGAGAAUGGGGAAAUUAUAUUCAAAACAAAUCUAACUGGCUUGUGAUUGAAGAUGUUGACACCAUGGUUUGUGGAAAUGGAACAGGCACUGGGAGAUGUCCCACAAACUUUACUUGUCUCCCUGGCGUAGGAUUCAAUCCAAACAGUGGAUACACAAAUUUUGAUAAUAUUGGAUGGGCAUUAAUUACAGCCUUCCAACUCAUCACACUGGACUACUGGGAAAACACAUAUAACUUGGUACUACGUGCUAGUGGAGCCUUUUACAUUAUAUUCUUUAUAGUUGUUGUCAUGUUUGGUGCUCACUACAUCGUAAAUCUGGUGCUGGCAGUCGUGGCAGCUUCCUAUGAAAAGGAAGCCAAAAGAAAACAAGAAGCAAAGGAAGAGGAGGAACGGAUUUUGGAAUUAAGGCGACAGAAAGCACUGCUGCGCGCAAAAGAUCUUAAUCCGAAAGAACGGUUUCGUCAAUGUGGAAAAAAGCUGACUCGGGGCUUCUCAAUGGAGUCUAUAAUAUCGUGGGCAACAGAAAUUUCACAGCUUGAUGAGGAGGAAGAAACUGAUAAACAAAAGAAGUCAAAAUGUUAUUCCUUCAAAAAAAGAUUGAAGCAGAAGUUUUGUUCUUGGACCUGUUGUCCAACAUUUUUAAGGCUGCAGGAUUAUUUAAUGAUGAUUGUUUCACACCCACUUUCUGAAGGGGUAAUUACUAUCUGCAUCCUAAUAAAUACCCUUCUGCUGUCGAUAGACUACCAUCAAGCACCUUACUCUCAUGCCCUAGAAAGUGGGAACACUGUUUUAUCAAUUAUUUUUAUAAUAGAAGCAAUUUUGAAGGUGACUGCACUAAAUCCUAUGUCCUAUUUGAGAAAUGGAUGGAAUACAUUUGAUUUUAUUAUUGUUCUGCUGACUUGCUUAGAAUGGGUACUAUCCACAAUAAAUAUUCCGACACUUAAACCUUCCAUGAUACGAUCACUGAGAAUGCUUAGAGUCUUCAAACUAGCAAAGAACUGGAAAACACUAAACACAUUGAUCAACAUCAUAUUCAAAUCAUUGAAAGAGAUGGGAAAUCUGACACUCAUAGUCAUCAUAGUAAUUUAUAUAUUCACUGUAAUAGGAAUGCAGCUUGUUGGGCAUGAUUAUGAAAAUAAAGUAAGUAUAUUACAAAGCAACAAAAUACCAAGAUGGAAUUUCAGAGGCUUUUACAAUUCCUUUAUAAUGGUGUUUCGAAUUUUAUGUGGGGAAUGGAUAGAACCUUUAUAUGACUGUAUGCGCUGCUCAAAGAUGUACUUUUGUCUCCCACUGUUCUUGCUAACAUAUAUAGCUGGAAACUUUCUGGUGCUAAACUUGUUCUUGGCUCUUCUUCUCAAUUUCUUUUCUGGGGAUACACUAACUGCAAAUACAAAGGAAGAAAAGAAAGUUCCAUAUAAAGAUUAUAUUAAGAGCUUCCUACUUUUGUUAACAUGCCGAAAACUAAACAAACCAUCUUUGGGUAAAAUACAACCAGCUGAGCAAAAUGAUACUUCAGAAGCAGACAAUGCUCACCCUUCUGAUGAAGUUCCUUUAUCAAACUGCAAUACAAGACAGCAGAUGAAUGCGCAAAAUGAAAUAAAAUCAUCAAGCACUGUUGAGCCAGCAGCUUUGCCAAUGUUCUGUAGUGGUGCACUCCCUCUAAUAGGCGAAAAUGAAGUGCCUACAAUCAGUGCAAUGUGUGAUCCAGCUACUGGCGGACGGAAGUAUGAAAAUGGAUCAGCCGUCUUGAUGCUAGAGACAGUGGAGGAAGUGCAACAGGAUUUGGAAAGUGAAUUGUCUCAACCAGCUGUGGACAUGAAUUGCCCAGAUAUAGCAAAACAGUCAAAUGAUAUUAGUGAAGAUAAUAAAACAGAGGAUGAAAAGCAAGCAUGUUCAAUUGAAGAAGAAGCCGCAAAGAAUGAGGAAAUCAAAACAGAAGUCAAAAUAAUGCAACCCUGCUUGCCGACCAUGUGCACUGAAAAAUGUACUUGUUGUAAUCCACUUAAAACUACAUUCAUAGGAAAACUCUUCCUGGCUGUGAGGACACUGAUGUUCAAACUGGUGAAUAAUCGUGUGUUUGAUGGGAGUGUACUCUUUGUCAUACUUUUGAGUACAUUAACACUGACUUUAGAUGAUAAAUACUUGCAAAAUGAUAUAAAGGUCCAGCUGGCACUGCAGUACCUGGAUUACUUUUACACCUUCUUUUUCAAUUUUGAAAUGAUUGUUAAGGUGCUAGGCCUCGGUCUUACAGACUAUUUUUCAAACGUCUGGACAUUACUGGAUUUCUUUCUUGUUGUGAUAGGGUGGCUCAGUAUGUUAGGCAACAGCAUUCAAGCCUUCAAAUCACUAAGAUCGCUCAGGACACUGCGUGCUUUGAGGCCUCUGCGAGCCAUUUCUCGUUGGGAAGGAAUGAGGCUUGUUGUUAACGCUUUGGUUGCUUCAAUACCAUCGAUUUCUAAUGUCAUGUUCGUAUGUCUUGUAUUCUGGCUGAUAUUUGGCAUUGUUGGUGUUCAGAUCUUCGGUGGAACCUUCUUUCAAUGUGUGGAUGAAAAUAAUGAGCGUCUUCCCAUUAGUAUUGUAAAUAAUCGAUCUGAAUGUGAUGCAUAUCGAGAUAUUGGGUACCAAUGGGUCAACCCCAAGAUCAACUUUGAUAAUGUAUUAGCUGCUUAUAUGGCUCUGCUCCAGGUGGCAACAUUUGAGGGUUGGUUAGAAAUUAUGGCAAAUGCUGCUGACAUUCGUGGGAUUGACCUUCAGCCAGAAAUGGGUGCAAAUCCAUACAGCCUCUUCUACUUUGUAGCUUUUAUUGUCAUCGGAACAUUUUUCACUCUAAAUCUUUUCAUUGGUAUAAUUAUUGAUAAUUUUAACACCAUGCAUAAAAGGGUGAAAGGAGCUUUAGUUACAGUUCUAACUGAAGAUCAAAGAAGAUUUUAUGGCACACUUAAACGUCUAUUUAAGGCUAAACCAGUUAAGAAAAUUCCAACUCCCAAGAAUAAGAUACUUUUCAAGUUCUACAAGCUAGUGAGCCAUAAAUGGUUUGAACCAUUCACCAUUGCUUUAAUAACAAUGAAUGUGCUGGUGAUGGCAUGUGAUCAUUACGGACAGACAAAAAUGUUCGCCUUAGUUUUAAAUUGGUUCAACCUAAUAUUUGCAGCUUUAUUUACAGUUGAAGCAAUUUUAAAACUAUUAGGCCAACGCCAAUACUAUUUCACUCAAGCCUGGAAUAUCUUUGAUUUUCUAGUCGUCGUUCUUUCCCUUGUAGGAAUUUUGUUGGACUCAUCCGCAUCCAAAAAGCAAGGCGUUUCACCGACUAUUUUACGGGUGUUUCGAAUUGUAAGACUUGCGCGAUUGUUGAGGUUGGUAAGAUCUUUGAAAGGAAUUCGAAAACUGCUGUUUACAUUGGUAAUAUCUAUCCCGGCUCUCUUCAACAUUGGACUGCUCCUGGGCCUUGUAAUGUUCAUUUAUUCUAUAUUGGGGAUGAGCUUGUUCCGAGAUCUUCCCCGAGAAUCACCAAUUAACGACAUGGUGAAUUUCGAAACUUUUGGAAACAGUAUGAUGCUUCUAUUUCGACUGACAACAGCCGCCGCUUGGAAUGAGAUUCUUCACGUUAUGAUUAAUUCUCCUGUACAGCGUCAGUUUGUAUCAUUCACGUAUAUGACAUCGUACAUAGUUGUCGCGUAUAUCGUGAUAAUCAAUAUGUACGUCGCUGUCAUUUUAGAAAACUUCCACGAAGCCCAAGAGCAAGAACUCGCUGGAGUGACUGAUGAAGACGUCGAUAUGUUUUACGAGGUCUGGAGUAAUUAUGAUGUGAAGGCGACACAAUUCAUUACAUAUGAUCAACUCUCCGAUUUCCUAAAUGAGCUGAAAUCUCCUUUACGAAUACCAAAGCCUAACGCGGUGAAACUUGCGGCUCUCAAUCUACCAUUGACCAAUGGCAACAUGCUGCAUUGCCUGGACGUCCUGGAAGCUCUCAGUGCUGUUAUCGUCGGAAAAGUAACCGAGUCAGAGCCACUCAAAAAACUCAGUGGGGAUGUUUAUAAAAUGUCGAUGAAAGUAUUCCCUAUUCGUAGCACCAUGGUAACGAUCACUACUACGUUAAUGAUUCGAAAGGAGUUCAAGGCUGCCUUGACCAUCCAGAAAGCAUUUCGAAAGUGGCAAGUCCGUCAAUACCAUAAAACAGCCAAAAAGAAACUUGAAAGUUCUUACAGCUCGCUAAGAAAAUCGCUUCGCAGUCUACGUUCCAGCAGACCGAACUCGCCUUUGACAUGA